GACGACGACGACGACGACGACGACGACAAGAAGACUGAAAAAGAAGAGCAUAAGAACGCUGACAACAAAGACUGGGACGAUGCCCUUGGUAAGAUUGGCCACUAUGUUCAAAAAGAUAACAACAACAACGACGACAAGAAGAAGAAGAAUGAACAUAGCAACAACACAAAGACCGACGACGACGACGAUAAACAUAGCAACGAUAAAUGGUUCACCAACGAUGAUAAGCGUACGCACAUCAACGCUCAUUUGAACGCCGAGCUUGAUACAUUGUUCUCGACGCACGACAAUGUCGGUGAAUGGCAAGCCGAAGAACUUGCUGUCGAUGCUGAGCCUGCGCAUGAGGAUAGUGCCGACAGCAUGUUUGACCAUACUAACGGUGCCACCUGGUCAGAGGAAGAAUUAGACCCUACCCACACGGACGUUGAAGGGUUCCAAGCCGAAGAACAUGACGACGACGCGACUGUCCAAUUCAUCACGGACUAUUCCAACGUUGGCGAGUGGCAAGAAGAACAGGUUGACGACGACAACGAGAACGAUGCUACGCAUCAAGAUGGCGCUUGGGUCGAAGAUAUCAAGACGUUCGACCAUAGCAAUGUUGGUUCUUGGGAAGAAGUACAAGUUGCUGAUGAUCACGAUAGUCACAACAAUGUCGUUGAAUGGCAAGCUGAGGUGAUUGAUACUGAACCUGCUGCCACCAAUGAUUGGCACGAGAAUGUGGCUUCGAGCGAUUGGGUUGAACACGAUGGCCAAGAUGUCUCGCACGACGACCAAAGUGCUUGGAUCGCUGAAGAAGUAGAUGAAAACGGUUGGUCUGAAGCGCACACGAACCAAGGUCCUGCUGCUGCUCCUGAAUCGGAUUUGGAGUGGCACGUUGAUGAAGUGCACUCUAACGGCGGUGAAUGGCUUGACGAGAGCGGCCACGCGAAUGAUGUCCCUGACCAUACCGAUGCUGCCCCUUUCAUUGAGGCUGAGAUUGAAGCACUCGUCAGCGACGAUGAAAACAGCCCACACAGCGAUUCUUCGGAAGGCUGGUAUGCAGAGCCUGCCCACAGCAAUGAUGCUUCGGUUGGCAAGGUAGGCACUGGCCGCAUGCCUUCGCUCGACCAGUCAACCCACGAUAACGACGGUACCAUCCCUGUCAUGCCUGCCGAGGCCUUGAUUGCUAAAUGGUAGACUUUUUUUUAAAAGAAAAUACCCUUCCUCUCCUCCUACUACUCUAUUUGCCCUUUUUUUCCGCUCUCAACAAGACAAAGCUUGAUUUUCUCUCUCUCUCUCUCUCUCUCUCCCCUCAAUUCCCCAGUCUGCUUUGAUGUACUUCUUUUUUUUUUGGUUCCCUAAUACAAAGCAUGU